CAAAACUACGUCCGUCCUCAAGAUCCCUAAUGGCCCCCUCAACUACGGUUCCGAGUGUCGCGGACGUCGAGGUCCCCGAGACUCUUCUCAAGAAGCGCAAGCAAAACGAAAAGGCCCGCGAGGAGCGUCUCGCUGCCGCGACUGCUGCCCGUAAGGCAGCCAAGGCCAAGCGCAAAGUUAUUUUCAAGCGUGCCGAGGCCUAUGUAAAGGAGUACCUCUCUCAGGAGAAGGAGGAGAUCCGCUUGAAGCGGGCAGCUCGCUCGACGGGCGACUUUUACGUCCCCGCGCAGGCGAAGGUGUACUUCGUCAUCCGUAUUCGGGGUAUCAACGAGAUUGCUCCCAAGCCUCGCAAGAUCCUCCAGCUGCUCCGCCUGCUCCAGAUCAACAAUGGUGUCUUCGUCAAGGUUACGAAGGCAACUGAGCAGAUGCUGCGUCUUGUGGAGCCCUACGUUGCAUACGGCGAGCCGAACCUGAAGUCCGUCCGCGAGCUUAUUUACAAGCGUGGAUACGGCAAGGUCGACAAACAACGCAUUCCCCUGACCAACAACGGUGUGAUCGAGGAGACGCUUAGCAAGUACGACAUCCUGUCAGUGGAGGACCUCGUACACGAGAUCUUCACCGCUGGUCCCAACUUUAAGCAGGCGUCGAACUUCCUGUGGCCAUUCAAGCUGUCCAACCCCACCGGUGGCUGGAGGAUACGCAAGUUCAAGCAUUUCGUUCAGGGCGGUGAUUUCGGUAACCGGGAAGAGAACAUCAACAAGCUCAUUCGCCAGAUGAACUGAGCGGCACUCACUCUUCCAGAGCGGUCGAUGCUAUGAGGGUACGCGCGGCCGUAGGAUGUAUGAGGGGGCGGACGUAGCAUACGCCCAGUUAUCUGAUGCCCAUGUCCUUUACUUGUAUGCUAUGACUAUGAUCAUCCUCCCUUGUCAUGCCCGCGCGAAGAUAGUUCUCCUGUAUGCGACCUGCACGGAUAUCAUUGCUGAGGCCUCCCUACAUAUGAAUGUACAGCACGCUGAAAUUUAACGACUAGGUGUGCAUCCG